AUGAUGGGAAGAGUAGUGGCUUUUCUAUUACCAAUCUUUGCUUUGUCUUUUAGUUUCUUGGUAGCGAUAAGUGAAGGCAACGUAGCUACUAGCAAAGUGCACCAACGCUGUAGCGUUGAGGAAAGAGAUGCCCUCCUUGGUUUCAAGCAAAGUUUAUCUGAUCCACAGCUCGUUCUCUCAACUUGGGAAAUAGGUGAAGAUUGUUGUACAUGGCAGGGUGUGAGUUGCAGCAAUACAACCAAUCAUGUCAUCAAGCUCGAUUUAAGGGAGGAAGGCUCCUUACAUGCCACAUCUUUAGUUCUAUCACUUUUUCUCUUGCACCACCUACAAUACUUGAGCCUUUCUGGCAUUUCCUUCAAUCAAGCAAGCAUACCUCAUUCUAUUGGUUCCCUCACUGAAUUGAGAUAUCUUGACCUCUCCUAUUCAGAGUUUGCCGGAGUGAUCCCACCUCAACUCGGAAACUUGACAAAUCUUUUUUUACUUGAUCUCAGUGGGAAUUAUUUGGCUGCCUAUAAUCUUGCAUGGAUGUCACGCCUCUACUCUUUAUGUUUUAUUGAUAUGUCUUAUGUGAAUCUAACUUCUGCUACGAAUUGGUUACAUGAGAUUAAGGUACUUCCAUCUCUCUCUAGUCUACAUUUAUCAUCUUGCAGCCUACAUACACUUCCAGCUUCACUUCCAUUUUCUAACUUUUCAUUGACCAUCAACACAUUUGAUCUUUCUUUUAACAAUUUCAAUGGGAUUUUGCCAAACUGGAUAGGACAAUUUAAAAGCUUAAAGACAUUAAAUCUCCAAUCAAACUAUUUAAAUGGACCUAUUUCAUUUUCCACUUUGAACCCAUUAUGUGAUCUUAAUGAUUUGAACCUUGCCGAAAACAAUUUUAUAGAAUUAAUUGAUGAUGAAAGUGUUUUAAAAUGCAAGGAAUAUAACAUGACAUUCUUGGAUAUCUCAUACAACCAACUAAGCGGAAGCAUACCUAAAUGGGUUGGAAAGAUGAGAAAUUUAAGAAAGCUUAAUCUUGGAAUAAAUCAACUUAAUGGAUCAAUUCCACAUAGCCUUGGCCAACUCAUAAACUUGCACUAUUUGAACGGUUUGUGUUUCCGCGUUCCUUGGGUUGAUGUCAAUGGAAAAGAAGCCGCCCCCAUCUUCAAGUUCCUCAAGUCGAGCAAAUGCGGGCUUUUUGGCGAUAGCAUCAAAUGGAACUUCUCCAAGUUCUUAGUCAAUAAAGACGGUCAUGUCGUCGACCGCUACCCGACCACCACCUCCCCUCUGAACAUCAAGCUUGAUGGACUUAUUCCAGAGAGUCUUGGACAACUAACUAACUUAGCUAUUUUGGAUAUUCCUUACAAUAAUUUGCACGACAAUUGUGGAAUUUCUGAUAUCAUUCCGAGUUGGUUUUGGAAUAUAUCAUCUCAAAAAGGUUACUUGAACAUGUCUCAAAAUUCAUUUAGAGGUGAACUUCUAAUGUCAUUGAAUAUUGAUAUAAUGAGCAAUGUUGGAUUGAUGAGUUUGAAUUUAUCAAGAAACCAAUUCACGGGACAAAUACCAAACCAAAUUGGUUUUAUACAAAACUUAGAAAGUUUGGAUCUCUCAAAAAAUCAUUUCUCAGGAGAUAUUCCAGAGAGCAUUGUGAUGCUCAAAGCAUUGAGUUUUCUCAACUUAUCUUACAAUCACUUGUCUGGUAGAAUCCCGACAGGGACCCAACUUAACACUUUUUAUGAAUCAAGUUAUUACGGAAAUCCAAAACUCUGUGGAAAACCAUUACAUAAGACUUGUGAAGGUGAUGAACAUAAAAUACAUGACGAAGGAGACAAUUCUCAGGAUGAUGAUGAUUUUGGUUUGUUCCUCGGUAUGGGAUUUGGUUUUGCUGUUGGACUAUGGAGUAUAUUGGGGAUCUUAUUUCUUAAGAGAUCUUGGGCAGCCACUUAUUUCCAAUUCAUUGAUAAAGUGAUAGAUUAUAUUUAUGUAUUUGUCAACGUAAAAGUGAAUAAGUGGUUUAAUCAAUAAAUAACAUAAUUAAAUGAUGAUCAUUUAUGUAUUGGAGUUAUUUCAUAAGUGUUGUAUAAUAUUGUGUUGUACUAAGAUAUCAAUUGAAGUUCUCUGUCUUUUUAGUUUGCAUUUCUCUUUCAAUCCUUGAGUUGCUUGAGACUAUGUUGGUGCUAACAGGAGACUAAAGUAUCAAUUUUUUCUCAGUAAUAAUAUCAUUUUCAUAUCAAGAA